UUGAUGACGACACUUGGGCGCUGGAUUUCGGAAUGGUCACUCCCGACCUGGCAGCGAGUGGCUCAGUGGGCACUACAGGUGAGUGCUGAGAGCCGGCCGCGAGCCACGCCGCGGCGGCUUCCUGGUGUCUCCGAGUUCUCCGGGCGCGUCUGCCCCUUCAGGAGCCGUGGGGCUCGGGCUGGGCCCCGGUGUCCCCGCGCGGAUCAGGGCUGGCCCUCGAGGGCGCCGGCGUCACCUCCUAGCGCAGCUCGCCCUCCGGGCCUGUGGUUUCCUAGGACGACCACCUUAAACUCUUCACCCAAGACUGUCAUGGCGUUCCCUUACUUGCAGCAGCCCAGUUUCCUUCUGGCUAGUCUGAAAGCUGACUCUGUGAAUAAGCCUUUUGCACAGCGGUGCCAAGACUUGGUUAAAGUCAUUGAGGAUUUCCCAGCAAAGGAGCUGCGGGCUAUCUUCCCGUGGCUAGUUGAGAACAUAUUUGGCAGCCUCGAUGGUGUCCUCCUGGGCUGGAAUCUCCGCUGCCUGCAGGGGCGAGUGAACCCUGUUGAAUACAGCAUUGUGGUGGAGUUUUUGGACCCCGGUGGCCCAAUGAUGAAGUUGGUUUAUAAACUGCAAGCUGAAGACUAUAGGUUUGACUUUCCAGUCUCCUACCUUCCUGGCCCUGUGAAGGCAUCCAUCCAAGAACGAGUCCUCCCCGACAGCCCGCUGUACCACAACAAGGUCCAGUUCCCCGCCAGUGGGGGCCUUGGCCUCAACCUUGCCCUUAAUUCUUUUGAGUAUUACUUGUUCUUCUUUGCCUUGAGCCUCAUCACUCAGAAGCCACUGCCUACAUCCCUCCAAGUCCGGACUUCUGACUGCGCCUACUUCUUCCUGGUAGACAGGUACCUGUCAUGGUUCCUGCCUACUGAGGGCAAUGUGCUCCCUCCACUUUUCUCCAGUCCUGGGAUGUCCAGCCCCUCACCUGCUCCCAGGACCACAGCCAUGCCCUUCACCUCCUACGGCCUCCAUCACCCCAGCCUUCUGAAGCGCCACAUCUCUCACCAGACGUCAGUGAAUGCAGACCCCGCCUCCCAUGAGAUCUGGCGCUCAGAGACAUUGCUCCAGGUGUUUGUUGAGAUGUGGCUCCACCACUACUCCCUGGAGAUGUACCAGAAGAUGCAGUCCCCUCAUGCCAAGCUGGAGGUUCUGCACUACCGACUCAGUGUCUCCAGCGCCCUCCACAGUCCUGCCCACCCCGGCUUCCAGGCCCUCCACACGUACCAAGAGUCAUUCACGCCCUCUGAGGAGCACGUGCUGGUGGUGCGGCUGCUCCUGAAACACCUGCACGCCUUCUCCAACAGCCUGAAGUCGGAGCAGGCUUCACCCACAGCGCACUCCCACGCCACCAGCCCCCUGGACGAGUUCAAACGGGCUGCUGUCCCCCGCUUUGUCCAGCAGAAGCUUUACCUGUUCCUACAACACUGCUUCGGGCACUGGCCUCUGGAUGCAUCAUUUAGAGCGGUCCUGGAGAUGUGGUUGAGUUACUUGCAGCCAUGGCGGUAUGCACCCGAGAAACAGCCUCAGAGCAGUGACUCCCAGCCGCGAUGUGUGUCUGAGAGAUGGGUGCCCUUUGUCCAGGAGAACCUGCUGAUGUACACCAAGCUCUUUGUGAGCUUCCUGAAUCGAGCACUGCGCACAGACCUGAUCAGCCCGAAGAGUGCGCUCAUGGUGUUUCGGGUGGCCAAAGUGUUUGCCCAGCCCAACCUGGCAGAAAUGAUACAGAGAGGAGAGCAGCUGUUCCUGGAGCCCGAGCUGGUGCUGCCCCACCGCCAGCACCGCAUGUUCAUGACACCCACUUUCACGGGCAGCUUCCUGUCAUCCUGGCCGCCCGCCAUUACUGACACCACCUUCAAAGUGAAGAGUCACGUCUACAGCCUGGAGGGCCAGGACUGCAAGUACACUCCCAUGUUUGGGCCCGAGGUCCGCACCCUGGUCCUGCGUCUGGCUCAGCUCAUCACCCAGGCCAAGCAGACUGCCAAGUCCAUCACUGACCAGUCUGCUGAGAGCACAGCUGGCCGCUCUUUCCUGUGUUGGCUGGGCUUUGGCCCUGUGGACAGCAGCAGCUGCUACCCGGCCAACGAUCUCGAUGACACAGGUCAGGACAGCGUCCGAAAGACAGAUGAGUACUUGGAGAAGGCCUUGGAGUACCUGUGCCAGAUAUUCCGACUCAGUGAAGCCCAGCUGACCCAGCUCACACUUGCCUUGGGACCAGCCCCAGAGGAGAAUGGGAAGAAGCAGCUUCCAGACUGCAUCAUGGGGGAAAAUGGGCCAGUACUCACCCCUCUAGGCCGCUAUCAGAUCAUCAACGGUCUACGGCGGUUUGAGAUUGAGUACCAGGGUGACUCAGAGCUGCAGCCCAUCCGGAGCUAUGAGAUUGCCAGUCUAGUCCGCCUGCUCUUCCGGCUAUCCUCCACCAUCAACCACAGAUUUUCAGGCCAGAUGGCAGCCCUAUGCUCCCGGGCUGACUUCCUGGGCAGCUUCUGCCGAUACCACCUCACCGAGCCUGCACUGGCCAGCAGGCACCGGCUAAGCCCCUUGGGACGCAUGCACACCACCAGCCAGGCUCCGGGCCCCAGGCUGAGCCUCCGCUUUCUUGGCAGCUACCGGACACUGCUUGUGCUCCUGCUGGCCUUUUUUGUGGCCUCUCUGUUCUGUAUAGGGCCACUCUCCUGCACCCUGAUCAUCAUCUUAGGCUACCUGCUCUAUGCUGCAGCCAUGACACUCCUCACUGAGCAGCAGAGGACACACCAGGCCUGA